ACCACAUUUCCCAGCGUCAAGACAGUUUUUGUACUAGAUCUGUGAGUGUUGUCGUGCUCAAUGUGGAAAAGGCUGGCUAUCGUCUCUCGCUCUCUCUUGCUCUAAAGGUGGACUCAGUGAUGGAUUUUCCAGAAGACUUUAACCAGCUUGACUUGCUGGAGUCUCAUGGCCACAUGAUCCCAGUAGGGACAAAGAGCGGCUGGGUGGAUGAGGAGGAAGGAGAUGAUGAUGAAACUUGUCACACUGAAGAAUGGUAUCAGCAACAGGAGUUUAAAUUACAAGACACUCCAACUGAACUGAUAUUAUGGGCCGCUGAAAGGAACAGAUUAGCCACAGUAGAACAUCUCCUUGCAUUGGACCGAACACUUGCUAAUUGUCAUGAUAGUGAUGGUUACACCCCUCUACACCGUGCUGCUUACAGUGGCCAUUAUGUCGUGGUUUCUGCUCUUUUGAAUGCUGGAGCGAAUCUUCAUGCAAGAACUACUGAUGGUUGGAUGCCGCUACAUAGUGCUUGUCGCUGGGGUCAUGCCACUGUAGCUUCGUGUCUUUUGAAUUGGGGGGCAGAGGUCAAUGCCUUGACAGCGGGGCGACUCACACCCCUACAACUGGCUGCUGGAAAUACUGCAGCUGGGCAGACGAUUGAGUUAUUGCUGUCACAGCGCACCCUACAGGCAGGACUGAAAAACAGUGCAGGAGAGACUGCUUAUGACAUUGCACAUCGCACAAGUGAACAUCACAGGCUGUUUGAGAUGGCAGAGCCUUGUAAUAAAAUAUACUGACACGCGUGUGCACAGGGUGAAAUUCUGACAUCAAGCUUAGAACUGUGUCUUAUUAUUAAUAAAUGUAGAUGUGAAACUACUGUUUUUCUAUAAAGAGUAGAGGACGUCAUUUAAAAAAAAAAAACAAGAACUGUCAUCAGCGUGCAGGAAAUAAACGGAUGUUCACAACAAUGUGUAAUUAUAAUCAUUAAAAAUUAUAAGCAUGUCUUUGCAUGUGAGGGUGCUUUUUCUGUGCAUGAUGUGCUUAAAAUCACAGCUUCGCUCAGCAUUCUGAAGA